AUGGCCUGCCGCUCCUGCGUCGUUGGUUUCAACAGCGACUGUGAGGUGACCUCGGCAGGCAGCCCCCGGCCUGGAACCUCAGGAUGGAGCCGAUGCGGGGACUCCGGGCUGGGGUUCAGCUCCCGCAGCCUCACGGGCUGCUGGCCAACCGGCACCAUGCCGCAGGUGACCGUGAACCCCAGCCUGCUGGUGCCCCUGGACCUCAAGGUCGACCCAGCCGUCCAGCAGCAGAAGAACCAGGAAAAGGAGGAGAUGAAAGUGCUUAAUGACAAAUUCGCCUCCCUCAUUGGCAAGGUGCAGGCCCUGGAGCAGCGCAACCAGCUGCUGGAAACACGCUGGAGCUUUCUACAGGGCCAGGACCCCACCACGUUCGAUCUUGGCCACCACUACGAGGAGUACCAGGGCCGGCUGCAGGACGAGCUGCGUGCGGUGAGCCAAGAGCGGGUCCAGCUGGAGGCCAAUCUGCUGCAGGUGCUGGAAAAGGUCGAGGAGUUUCGAAUCAGGUAUGAAGAGGAGAUUUCCAAGCGCACAGACCUGGAGUUCACCUUUGUCCAGCUGAAGAAGGACCUGGACACGGAAUGUCUGCGACGGACCGAGCUGGAGACCAAGCUCAAAGGCCUGCAGGGCUUCGUGGAGCUGAUGAGGACCAUCUAUGAGCAAGAGCUGAAGGACCUGACCGCCCAAGUGAAGGAUGUGUCGGUGACCCUGGACAUGAACAGUCGCUGCCACAUUGACCUGAGCGGCAUCGUGGAGGAGGUGAAGGCGCAAUAUGACGCCAUCGCUGCCCGCAGCCUGGAGGAGGCUGAGGCGCACUCGCGAAGCCAGCUGGAAGAGCGGGCGGCCCGCUCAGCAGAGUUCGGGAACAGCCUGCAGAGCAGCCGCUGCGAGAUUGCUGCCCUCAACGUGCACAUCCAGAAACUCCGCUCCCAGAUCCUUUCCGCCAAGAGCCACUGCCUAAAACUAGAAGAGAACAUCAAGGCGGCCGAGGAGCAAGGGGAGCUGGCCUUCCAGGACGCCAAGGGCAAGCUGGCCCAGCUGGAGGCCGCCCUGCAGCAGGCCAAGCAGGACAUGGCUCGGCAGCUGCGAGACUACCAGGAGCUCAUGAACACCAAGCUGGCCCUGGACAUCGAGAUCGCCACCUACAGGAAGCUGCUGGAAGGCGAGGAGAGCAGAAUGGACCUGCCCUCAGCUGCCGUGAUCAGCUCAGUGCAGUCCAGAUCCAGAGCAGCUGCCUCCAAGUCGGGAGUCUCCAAGGGCCCCACCCGGAAGAAGAAGAACGGCAGGGGCCAUGUGAUUAAGAUCACGGAGAUGUCGGAGAAGUACCUCUCGCAGGAGUCGGAGGUCUCUGAGUAGGGUGGCCGGAGCCCCGGCUCCCAGGUCACUCCUGCUGCAGCGAGAGGGACUUCAGCUGGACCUAAGAAAGCAGCCAGAAGGGGCCACAACCUGACCCUGUGCUGAUGGCAGGAGGUCUGGGGCUGCUUGGCUGUGGGCUGAGGGAGGCACGGCACCCCCACCCCGGGGAC